GAUUGAGGUACGGAAGUAGCUUGAAAGGCAGGUAAACCCGUGGUUAAAACACCGAGGACGAGGAACUGUGUGACAUUUAAAAGAAAAUGAAUUAUAUAGGCACAUGACCAAGCUUCUUAUAUUCCCCGAAGAUGCUGUGUUUGGGUGGAAAUGCUGCGAGGUCGUCAAUGUCUUUACGAAAGCUGUGCGCCCUCUCCCUGCUAAACCUGAGACAUCGGUUGUGUUGUUGCCCUGUGCAGUUGUGGAGUGGAGGUCAACGCAGCGGCGCCAUUCGCUGCCUCUCUGCAGGACCAGAUUCACCUGCUGCUCCCCCACGGACUGACUCCUCUGAGUGCGCUGACCCAGACCCCAGCCGCAGUACCUCUACCUGGUCUCCUGACCAGGGUCCGCCGCCUGCUCCCACCCACUGCUGCAUGAGUGGCUGUCAUAACUGCGUGUGGAUCGAACAUGCAGAGCAGCUGCUGGCGUACUACCACGACGGAGGCGACCGGGCGCUCGCCGCUAUUGAGGAGAACGUCCUCGACGAGAACCUUAAAACCUACCUGAAGAUGGAGAUUAGACUUUUGAAAAAGACGUGACUGAUGUAUUAACUGCCAGCGGCUUCGACCACAGUGUUGACAUGGAAUAUGUUUUGAGUAGGGACGCACCCAGCCGACUUUUUCACUCCCAAACAUGAUGAAACGUGACAAUUUCAUGUUAAAAGCUGUCUCACAGGGCUCAUUAAAUUUACAUUUUCCUCCUGCUUUCACACCACACAUCAAUUUUCUCACCCGGUGAAUCAACUCCGCCCCAUUGACACGACACCGCCGUACGCCAUGAUAACAAUCAAGUGAACCCGCUCUCACGUUGUGAGUCCAGAAAGUUGUGAUCGAGUGGUAACGUAACUGGUAUAGUUGCGAUAUAAACAUGUAAAAACUGAGGCACAACCUUGCUCUGCUUGGGACUGUGAGCUGCAGUUUAUCAGAGCUGCUGAAGUUGACGUGUGUGUGGAUUUGUGGUGAGAUUUCUGCCUGAUCACAAUCUGUUAAAAUCUCGUCUCAUCUCGAUCUUGUGAGCCAAGUGUCUCCUUACGCCCCUACUGAGUACAGAUCUGAUACCAGUGCAAAUUAAUAAGCUGUUUCCUCACUGUGAGGACGAGACUGGCACUCUUCGAUGUGUAAAGCAACAUCAUGUAAGAUUUGGUGCUGCUGCGGAUUCAACUGUACAUGUGCGUUUCCUAUGAUUAAUCAAAAAACUAGCAAAUCCACAACUUUGCUAACAGCCAAACAUCAAACAAGCACAACAACACAAGACAAAGUGAGCAGCUAAUAAGUUAUUACUGACUAGUCCAACAGAAAGAAGGCCAGCUCAGCAUCUGUCCUGCGUCCUCUCAGCUCCUUUUGCUCACGCCAACGAGUCCAAGUCAGUCUGAUAUUUACUCUGGUCCGGUCUCUUGUUCAUCCUUCUCUCUUUUUCUCUUCCUCUACAACGUCUCUUUACAACCUCUGCCACGAUGUCCGUACCGAGAAUACCAAGCUAGCUUCUUCCAAAGGACUUAUAUUGUACAUUUUAUACUUUUUGCUUAUGCAUAUAACUUUCUGAAGAGUCCAAAAAUACCAUGUCUACCAGCACACUGCUGACACAUUGCGUAAUACGGGCGUAAUUGAGUCGAUCUGCCCCUUUGUUACCCAAUUCAGCUAUUUGAGCCAGUAUGAGGAUGAUAUCAGUAUCAGAUCUGUGCAUCGCCAGUCAUGAGCUUUCUUAACAAAAACCUUUCUGAGUGUAAACCCUUUUUUAACACGCUGGAGGCACUGAUUUUUACCUUCACAUUUACACCUUCUCCUCCUGUGGGUCACACAGCUCACGUCUGCAGAACAUUUCAGAGAACAGCCACAAGCUUACAGGUAUGGCAUGUGAGAAGUAAAGGUAGCUGCGGACAGAAGGAGUCCAACUGAUGAAACAGUUAAAGAACAGUUCCACUUUAUUACGCGCUCAUCUCUUCAACAAAGUCCGACAGGAACAGGAGGAUCGUACAGGUUGUCCAGGUUAUGAAAAACACUUUAUUUGGAGGUAAAACUGAAAGUGAGCACACAGGAAAUGUUUGUAAAAAUGCCUCAUUACACAGGUAAAUGAUGAUUAGGACAGUAAGUCAGAAAGUUUCUCUCUAAACAAUUAAGAUUGUUUACAUCAGGCAGUAUGACAGUGUUUUCACUAACUUCUUGACUUGUUAGACUUAUUUCUAGUGAUGUGCGGUGUUCCCAGAUCACAGCAACUUACCUUGUACAGCAGCAACAUGAUUAUUACUGCCAAACGUUAGAGAAAUCAGGGCAAAGUAGGUUGAAACUGGAAUUCAGGAAUGCCUGAAUUGUUGGUUUAUUCUGUUUGCUGGGGUUUCAGGUCACUGUAAAAAAAAAUCCAUUCGCUUUUAUUUUCUUCAUUUUGUACUGCUUGAUGCAGUCAUUUGUGUAUCUUUAGUCGUGAAGCUCAUUUGCACAUUUGAAGUUUGAAGUGUAUUUAAUGUGUUAACUGAGCAUUUGCUUUAUUAUAUUUGAGAGUAUUUAAAUUGUGUAUUUGAAAUUUAUUUUGAAGAGUUUGUUAAAUAAAUGUUCUGUCUCAGAUGUCAGCUGAUUUCUUCGGCAUCUCUUCAGCGUAAGGAAAGGCCACCAGGGAGUGCCAGAUAGACGUAAAACUGUGUGUCUGUUCUCAUGAGGAUGAUAUAUUUCGGUUGAUCCUCUUAACUUGUUCAUUUCAUCAUCGUGUGGAUUUAUCCAACAUGCCCUUUGAGCUCCUUUUCAGGAAGGAGUUGCAGUGCCUUUUUUACUACAGUUAAAAAUAAAUAUAGUAAACAAGA